AUCCUCUGCACCAGGAAGUGUUUCGCCGGAGACGUCUCUUGCAGCUUUGUUUUGACGAUGAUGGAGGAGGAAGAAUUUGAGUUGGCGGAGGAUUUGGAGUCGAUUCUGCAUCUCACCCCGGAGGUGCAGCUCGCCAUUGAGCAGGUUUUUCCCAGUCAGGACCCUCUGGACAGAGCAGACUUCAAUGCUGUGGAGUACAUCAACACACUGUUCCCCACCGAGCAGUCCCUGGCCAACAUUGAUGAUGUGGUUAACAAGAUCCGUCUGAAGAUUCGGCGUCUGGAUGACAACAUCCGAACGGUGGUGAGAGGACAGACCAACGUUGGCCAGGAUGGCAGACAGGCUUUGGAGGAGGCCCAGAUUGCCAUCCAACAAUUGUUUGGCAAAAUCAAAGACAUCAAGGACAAGGCAGAGAAGUCUGAACAAAUGGUUAAAGAGAUUACGAGGGACAUAAAGCAGUUGGACCAUGCCAAGCGCCACCUGACUACAUCCAUCACCACCCUCAACCACCUGCACAUGUUGGCGGGGGGUGUGGACUCUUUAGAAGCCAUGACCAGAAAGAGGCAGUAUGGUGAAGUUGCCAACUUGCUGCAGGGAGUGGUCAAUGUGCUGGAACAUUUCCACAAGUACAUGGGCAUUCCCCAGAUCAGACAGCUUUCUGAGAGAGUGAAAGCAGCUCAGAGUGAGUUGGGGACUCAGAUCCUGGCAGAUUUUGAAGAAGCCUUCCCCUCUCAGGGCUCCAAGAGAACAGGUGGUCCCAGUAAUGUGCUGAGAGACGCCUGCCUGGUGGCCAACGUGCUGGACCCGCGCAUCAAACAAGAGAUCAUCAAAAAGUUCAUCAGGCAGCACCUCUCAGAGUACCUGGUGCUCUUCCAGGAAAACCAAGAUGUUGCUUGGCUGGACAAGAUCGAUCGCCGCUAUGCCUGGAUCAAACGGCAGCUGGUGGACUAUGAGGAGAAAUACGGACGCAUGUUUCCUGAAGAAUGGUGCAUGACUGAGCGGAUUGCUGUGGAGUUCUGCCACAUCACCAGGGUGGAGCUAGCCAAAGUGAUGCGAACACGAGCAAAGGAGAUUGAGGUGAAACUGCUUCUUUUUGCCAUUCAGAGAACCACCAACUUCGAGGGUUUACUGGCCAAACGCUUCACAGGAUGCACCUUGACUGACGUACCUGGAAAAAAGAGAUCAGAAAGCCCUCUCGAACCUACUAACCCCUUCCUGGAGGACGAGCCAGGUGAGGAUGUGGAUCUAGCCAAGCCCAGGAAGCCCAAAGCUCCUGACAACCCUUUCCACGGCAUUGUCUCCAAGUGUUUCGAACCUCAUCUAUAUGUCUACAUAGAGUCCCAGGACAAGAACCUAGGCGAGCUGAUCGACCGGUUUGUGGCCGACUUCCGAGCACAAGGCCCACCCAAGGUGGGCACGGAGGAAGGCGGAGCGGUCCUGCCCAGCUGUGCUGACCUCUUUGUCUAUUACAAGAAGUGCAUGGUGCAGUGCUCACAGCUGAGCACCGGAGAACCAAUGAUCGCCCUCACAACUAUCUUCCAGAAAUUCCUGAGGGAGUACGCCUGGAAGAUCCUCUCUGGAAACCUUCCUAAGUCCAGCAGUAGCAGUGGGGGUCUCACUAUCAGCAGUCUGCUGAAGGAGAAAGAAUUCUCAGAUGCUUCAAAGUUCACCGUAGAUGAGCUCUGUCUGAUCUGUAGCAUCCUCAGCACUGCAGAGUACUGUUUGGCUACCACACAACAGUUGGAAGAGAAGCUAAAGGAAAAGGUAGAUAAAGUCCUGGUGGAGAGAAUUAAUUUGACUGGAGAGAUGGAUACAUUCAGCACUGUGAUCUCAAACAGUAUUCAGCUAAUAGUUCAAGAUCUGGAUGCUGCCUGUGACCCUGCUCUCACUGCUAUGAGCAAGAUGCCGUGGCAGAGUGUGGAGCACGUGGGUGACCAGAGUCCUUAUGUGACGUCAAUCAUCAUGCACAUUAAACAAAAUGUGCCAAUCAUCAGAGACAAUCUGGCCUCCACUCGCAAAUACUUCACACAGUUCUGCAUCAAGUUCACAAAUUCUUUCAUUCCCAAAUUCAUCAACCACCUGUUUAGAUGUAAGCCUAUCAGCAUGGUGGGAGCUGAGCAACUCCUCCUCGACACCCACUCCCUGAAGACCGUUUUGUUGGAUCUUCCCUCCAUAGGCUCCCAGGUGCUCCGCAAGGCACCCGCCAGCUACACCAAGAUAGUGGUGAAAGGAAUGACCAGAGCAGAGAUGAUACUAAAGGUGGUGAUGGCCCCACAUGAACCACCAGUGGUGUUUGUUGACAACUACAUCAAGCUCCUGGCUGAUGGCAACCCAGAGACCUUCCAGAAGAUUCUGGACAUGAAGGGUCUGAAGCGCAGUGAGCAGAGCAGCAUGCUGGAGCUGUUCAGGCAGAGGUUACCCACUCCGCCCUCCGGGGCUGACGGAGGCCCCACUCUGUCCUUCAGUGCCCCCACCCCUGAGCAGGAGUCGUCCCGCAUCCGUAAACUGGAGAAACUCAUCAAGAAGAGACUGUGAUCAGACACAUUGAUAAUAAAAGAGGCUGCAGGAUGAGACCUCCUGCACUCACUCUUCUCAAAAACUUCAAUCAUCAAGGAGAAUCAAAGAAAGAGCAAAGAUCGGACUGAAUUUUCUGACUGACAGUGAUGUGAAACUGAGCUGAUGCUGGAUUAUGAAGAAACUGCUACUUGUUGAUGCUACAUCUGUCAUUUUGCUUCUGUAACUUCCUCUUUCUUCUCAUGACACUAAUGCCUGAGCUUUGUAACAUUCGUACAUUGUCGCACAGACCGAAUGCGGUGCUGUUAACUGGAUUCAGCUCAGAGAGCUGCUGGCUGCCUCUCUGGUACACGUCUAAUCCCCGAUGAUCACCAGCAGGCUGAUCAUAAUUAAAGUUGAUGUUUUCUGAAUAUAAUGUUCUUCAAGGAUAACUAUGGCUUUCCUCAAUCAUUUUUAAUUUAAAGUGUGUGUGUGUGUGUGUGUGUGUGUGUGUGUGUGUGUGUGUGUGUGUGUGUGUGUGCAUGCUGCCACCCAUUAAUGUGGAUAUGCGUCAUAGGUGUCGGGAUUGUUUGUGUGAGCGGCGACCUAAAACAAAUCACUGAGUGUGGAACAAAGAGGAUCUUUGGAUUUCCUGCGUCUUCGCUGAGCCAUCUUUGUCUUGGCAUUUAAAAUUGCUCGUGGUUGAUUUGGAAACCAGCUAACUGAGGACUGUUGGCUUGGGCCUUUGCCUGGAACGGGGGGCAAUUAAUGGGGUAUAUACUGUCUAUGUAAACAUUAAGUACACGUGUGCGGUCGGUGCUGUGCUUUUACAGUCCAAACAUCUUCAAUAAUUUAAUCCUCUGUCUCUUUUUGCAUUGACAUAAAAGCUCAUGUUUGUUUAAGCAGGAGUCUAUUUAUUCUUCCAUUCGGCUGCACUGUACUUUCAGGCCAAAUUACUUAAGGUUUGGAAAAUAUUAUUUUUUGUCAUAAAAGAGACAAAACAAGCUGGGUUUGUCUCUGCACUUUGCCAUGUACAGUACUCUGGGUCUCUGGAGCCUCGUGUGAUGUCACAGCCUGUGGAGGAAAAUCCAAACUCCCCUGCAGUCUGGUUUCCAUGGUCGCUGAUUUUGAUGCCAGGGCCUCUCAGUGUCUCAAGGCUUUAUAUGCAUAUACAUAUAUGUCAUGUAAAUGGAUUAGUGUAAACAUUCCUGCCUUCAGAUACUAAAUGUCAGAAAUCUGAAAACUCUGAAACGAUUAAAGGCUGUAUAACUACAACUAAGAUACGAUCACAUCCCACUUGUUUUAUUCUAUUUUAAAUUGGCUCCCAAUUAGGAUAUAUUUCAAGAUUGAUAACUUUCCAGUAGGCUCAUGAUGACCCGGCCUCAGCCUAAAUCCCGGAUCUUUUAAUUCCCUAUUACCUCUGUGCAGCUUGUGGUCUUCUGGUGUAACUUCCUGAAUCUAGGCUAAAAACAGGUGGGGGGGCAGAGUGUUUGCCAUCAGGGCUGUGAAGUGAUUCACCUGAGGAAAUAGGCCUGUCUGAGAUGGUGUCGGCUACAAAUGCACUUUCUCCAUAAGGCAUAUUCCCGAAUUUCCAUAAGGUGCCGGACUAAUAAUCUCUAUCAUUAAAUCUAUUUAUGUGCUCCCUUCUGUGUUUGAACCAUUUGUUCUCUUGUUGUGUAGCACUGUGUGUGGAAAAGUGCUCUAUCAAUAAAGUUAUCAUAAAUGUAAUGUACCGACCUGUGUGCUACACGGGCUACACUAACGCAUGCACGCUGCUUUAAUUUGCAUGGUUUUGCACAAUUGCAGGAAAACACAUCAACCUGCUUCUUUUUUUUUUUUUUAAACCAGGGUUUAAUCUCUGAAGUGUUCCCAUGGCUGGCCUCGUCUCUGGUUGCCACUUAGUCUUGCAUCCAAUCAGGAUCCAGAGAAAGUUUGGGAAGGCGUUUCCUUUGCUGUGUGUGUGUGUAGAUGUGAGUGUGUAGAUGUGAGAGUGUGUGUGUGUGCCUGGAGGGAGCAGAGGUUUGAAGAGGAGCCGCGGGCAGACGGACUCAUUCACACACACACAUCCCCUCUCUGGACCCUCUAACACGCCAGAUUUCAGCUUUUCACGCACGGUCACCUGGAGCCGGAGUGUGUGAUCAUUAUGUUUUAAGGCCAGAGUGAAUACUCGUUUUUAAGUUUCUGGUUUUUAAGAGGCUUGGAGGUUUCCGGGGGACGGAGCGGUGUCUUGAUGGUGUCUCCUGCGGGAAGCCGUGCAUGCUGCCCGGGCAGAAGUUAGCAGAAACGACGCGGUGG